AUGCUGAACACGACAGUGACCCUCACCCACGCCACCCCUUUGCCGGCAGGCAUGUCGCGCGAGGACGCCAUCGCCCUCAUCCAUGACGCCGAGCACCACAUCAAGUGUGACCCCAACAUGAAAGACUACACGAAGCGCACGCUCGAGAUCCCGCCCACAGUGCCCCAGGACAUCGAGCCCGUCGCCGGAACGCAAUGCUACACCGUCACUGACAGCGUGCCCACCCUCCUGCCAAAGGGCAUCUGGGACCGCGACGCCGUCAGCGACUACGAGUUCACCUUCACUAAGGACGGCAGCUUCGUCCGCACGAGCUGCCCGCUUGGCGUCAUGCUGGAGACGCGCUGGCGCGUCAAGGACGCCAUCGGCGGUGGGUUGGAGCUGGAGGAGGUUGUCGAGAUCAAGUGCUCAAGGUUUUUGGCGAACGUUGUCAAGGGGCAGUGCGAGGCGAACUGGAAAGACUUCCACAAGAAGAUCUUGGAGGGCAAAACGCAAAGAGAUUAA